CUAGGUUCGCGGUUUGCGACUGUAAGAAAAGAAGAGAGAAAACUACAUACAGAGAGGGAGAGAGGGUGAGAGGAGAGGGAGAAACAUAAUCCGAUGACACCUAGCUUCUCUCUCUAGAUAUCCUCUCGUACAAAAAGAAUAAUCCUGGGCUUCAUCAUCGAAUUGAAAAUGAGUAAGCUGGUAAGAGGCCACCGAGACAAAGUUCAGCAGUUCAUGACAAUAACUGGAUCGAGUGAAAAACUUGCCCUUCAGGCCUUGAAGUCCUGCGAUUGGCAUCUUGAAGGAGCAUUUGAUGUAUUCUACAGUCAGCCACAGGUCAAAUCAUAUGCGGAUACUAGACUUGUAGAGGAACUUUACAAAAGAUAUAAAGAUCCAUAUGUUGACAUGAUUUUGGCUGAUGGUAUCACUCUCCUUUGCAAUGAUCUUCAGGUGGAUCCCCAAGAUGUUGUUAUGUUAGUUCUUUCUUGGCACAUGAAGGCUGCCACCAUGUGUGAAUUUUCUAGGCAGGAGUUCAUUGGUGGUUUACAAGCUCUUGGGAUAGAUUCGCUGGAGAAGUUCCGUGACAGGAUGCAGUUUAUGCGCUCUGAGCUGAAAGAUGAUCAAAAGUUCCGCGAGAUCUAUAUCUUUGCUUUUGGCUGGGCAAAAGAGAAGGGUCAGAAGUCUUUGGCAUUGGAUACUGCAAUCGGGAUGUGGCAGUUGCUUUUUGCAGAAAAGCAGUGGCCAUUGGUGGAUCACUGGUGUCAGUUCUUGCAGGCCCGGCAUAACAAAGCAAUCUCUAGGGACACCUGGUCUCAACUACUGGAAUUUGCAAGGAUGGUGGACCCAACACUAUCAAACUAUGAUGCAGAAGGUGCUUGGCCAUACCUCAUUGACGAAUUUGUUGAAUACUUGAACGAGAAUGGCAUCAUUCGAAAAGGUCAGCUGAAUGAUUGGAGCCAGAAGUACUGAGGGAUUGGCUGUGGUGAUGUAUGUUAUAGAAUGUAUGUGUGAGUAUGAUCCAGUAGUAGUUUGCCGCAGCCCCACGAUUUGACUCCUCUCUUCUUCUUUAGGAAACACAAAAGAGGGACAACUUGAAAUUUAGAUCCUAUGGUACUUUCUGUUGGCUGUUGGUAUUUUAUGUGUUCGGUGAUGGGAUUGUGAUAUGGUAAAUGAGUUCGCUGAUAAAAUAAAUGCCUGGCACAUUGUUGAGCUUAA